UCAUCAUGGUGGCCAUGUCAAAGAAAACUUGUAAAAUUUUGACCAAAAAUGCUCAUUUAUUGCCCUGUUUACACCUCGAUGAUGAACAAUGACUUCUUGAUAAGAAUGCUGAAUACUUUCUCAAUUAAGAAUGGAAGAAGUUGCAAGCUGUUCUGUCUGUAAAUCGCUGUACGAAGACAAUAGAUUCACUGACCUAAAUGGAGCUUUGCUUGAAAAUGUCAUCAAAAUAAAAUUGUUGGGUGACAUUCCCAUUGACACCACUGCUCUGGGCUUGAGGGGAGAGUCCAAAAUAUGCCGGGAUUGCUUAGAACUGGUGGAUGACAUUAGACUAGGUUUGAUCAAGCUGAAGGAAAGGGUGCUGAAACGUCAUUAUCCACAUCAUGCCCAGUUCUUAAUCGGUCAACACGCCGGGGGUGGCUUCGGGAGUUUUGGUCCAAAUCGGAGGAAUUCACCAUCGUCAGUUGCGCUGUGUGACUCUGCAGAAGAUGGAGAAGGAACAAGCAGUUCAGAGACAGAAAGCUCAUCAUUUUGUGAUAAGAACAGUGUAAAUUUUGUAGGGGAACGUUAUCUUGAUCGGCGUAGUAGCGCAACAUCUUUGAUUGGUGAUCCUCACUUGGUCGCCCGUGUGAACAGUGACAGGGAUGUCAGGAUUCGUGUGCCGCCUUCUAUAAAUGCCACUUUUAUUGUCAUGGAAACAUCUGAUGAGGAAUUGCGAUGUAAUAAUGCCAGUGAACCGCAGUUAAAUAAGUCCCCCCUGCCAAAAUCAGUUCAGUCGUUGCUUAAGAAAAACAAAAUUAGUGAUGUGAUUGACACUUCUUCUUUCAAACAUGCUUAUCAUGUGGACGUUGGUGCUAAACUGCAAAGGACAGACAACAAUCCUGUAGAGGUUCCGAAGCCACAAACGACUGAGGUUAGCUUGCCUGUGAAAAGAGACAAUCCGGUGCCAGUUCCCAGAGAAUAUACUCAUUAUAUCAAGAAACGUCGACUCUCCUACUCGGCUGGUGAUUCCAGUAUGGCUACAUUUGCCCAAACUGUGAGGACUGACAGCAACAUUGAUAAAUCGUCCUCCAGUGUCUGCAGCCGAAGUUUAACUACUAGUCCUGUUCGUGAGGUGAAUGGCAAUUCAAAUCACUCUCCUACGCAUGUCCAAGAAGCUACAGCACUGGAUUUAACGAGGCCGGCUCAUGCAGGUGAAAUGCCAGAUCAAACAAAGAAGGAUGUGCCAUCUGUUGGGAAAAGUAAUGACAGUCCAAAUGGUUUUAGUUCAGUACCAAAACAAGUCCCAGUGUCAAGACCAUAUGAUAGGUUCUCAAGGUUGAUGGAGAAUGCAAAUGGCCAAGCCAGUCCUCCUAUUUUGCCUGUGCGGAAAAGGAGAAGUCUUGGGAACAUCCUUGAGAUGCGUCGAACUCUGCCUACGCCUCCGCCACCAGUACCACUCAUGUCAUCAGAAAUGUGUAAUGGAGACGUAGAGUCCCGGCAUGUUUGUGAUGUUUGUGGAAGAGGGUUUGAGAGGCAGAGUCUAUUGAAUCAACACAUAGCUUGGCAUCAUACUGACCAUGGGUACUCUUGUAAUCUUUGUGGUAUGAAAUUCGGUGAAAAGUUUGGUUUACACAUUCAUGAAUCACAGGAGCAUAAUAUGCGUCCUAUGAUUCCCCUGAUGUUGCCGCCUCCAAUCCCACCACUGCCUCCAGAACAAAGCAUGACAUCUUCACCUCAGAUCCACGCUCCCCAGGAACCUAGCCAGGAAACAGCAAAACCACAUAUGGAUAUGCCUGUCCACAUUUCAAAGGAGGCUUUCUUGAAGUCUCGAAAGAAAAUCCAAUAUUGUGAAGACUGUCGUGAGCAUUUUACAUCGAAAUACGAUCUGUUGCGACACCGUGUCACAACAGGGCAUAUGGGUGGUGCAGAAGGUGUCUGUCAUGAUCGUGAGGAGGCAUCAAGUACCUCAGGCAUUGAUACUCUACAGAGGCAAAAAAGAAUUGCACGGAUGCCUCGCCAGGGGAUGCCCAACCCUGGGCAACCCUUGGUGCACUAUCCACCCAUUUUGCCCAAGACCGGGGAAAAUCCCUUAGGCAUGGCCCAGCAUCCAACUGAUUUGGAUCACUUGGCAUAUAGACCAGGUCGCAAAGGACGUCCACGGAAAAGUCUACCAGGGUCUAAUCGCCGCAUGUCCGUCCCUAAUCUUAUGCUCGCAGGAAGCGGAAGUGAUGGACUCCGUGCGUAUGACUUCAGUGAUGACAAUUCAGAUCCAUUACCAAUAAAGACUGAGUCAUAUGAGACCGGAUACAACAAGGAUUCUCAACCUAACUCGCCUGGUUCUUCAACGAGGACAGAACAAAAACUAAGUCCAAACCAAGACAAUGAUAUGGUAGCUUGUGGUGCAGAAGGACACAAUGUGCAUCUGAAUUAUGUAGCUUCAUCACCACAGAAGCUGAACGAUAAUAAUAAUGGUAAAGUUUCAGUGUGAAAUUUUGUGAGGUGUAUUUGAAGGUUCUGACAGUAAUAUUUCAAGUUUGUCAUUUUGAUAGGGGUCUGGUUUACAGGGGAUUGAAUAUUUGGCAUUCUUUGAAAAAAACAUUAGAAUUUCAGGGUGUGAUAAGUUGCAAACUUAGCACUGUUGCUGUAGACUUGAGAAAACCAAGUGUCAUUAAAAAUCUGAUUACAUUUGGGGGGGGGGGAAAUGCAAUGUGCAAUAAAUGUUUUGGUCACAACAAGUGGAUUAUGAAUAUAAUUUUUGUAAUGCAUGCAGAGGGUUGUCUUCGUUGAUAUUUGAACUCAUAUUUCAAUCAGAUGGCGCAGUGUUGCUGGUAUAGAGAUGAUGACAUCCUUUGACUUAAUAUGCUAUUUGUUGAAAAACAUCUUUGGAUGAUGUUGUUUUAUAUGUGCUUUGGUAUGCAUUGUAAAAACCAGUACUUUUUGUGGUUAGUAUUGGUUUUUUGGAAAAUUACAUCUUGUCCUCCCCAUGACUGAAAUCCUUCCUAAGAGUCUCGUUUUUGGAUUCCACCGAAGUUUUUAUUGUUGAAAUCUAUUAAGAUCUCAUUCUUCUCGACCCAGAUCCAACUCAAUCCCUCCCCCACACACUAUCUUUAAACAUCUUUACAGAAUUUUACGCAGCAAAUGCAAUGCAGUUAAUGAUAAAAAACUUCAAAUUUCAAAUCAUAAAAAGUCAGUGUAUCAUAAGACUUGAUUGGACAAAUUACCGUCAUGUGACAGUUUAAUGUUGUGAGUAGAAUUCACUUGUGAAAUCUAAUAAAGGGUGGAUGCUGUUGUGAAGAAAUCAGUUUUGCGUGAUUGUAUAUUUCAAUAUUCCUAAUAACUUGUAAAGUAAAUCAUGACCCAAGCCAUUGUUAUUUACUAAGAAGAUACAGAUAUUUUUCACAUACAGAACAAAUUUUGUAUAUAUUUUAUACCACUUCUAGAUUUUUAAUUGGUAUCUUCACAUCUGAAUGUAGGUAACGUUAGAGAAUGUAGUUGUGACAUUAGUAUAUGUAGUGUAAUACUAUUUAUCAAAUAUUGGUAGUGAAUUUAAUGGAUCAUCCUCAUAUUCAGUUUGGUCUGAUGUAGUGUUUACUGUAAUCAUUACCGGUACCAAUUAUUGCCUUAAGUCUGAAUCUUUUGCAGAGAAUAAUGCUCUACUUGAAAUGUAUGGAUCAGUAAUUUAGUGAGUGAUUCAAUUUUGUGUUGUCAGUGAAUUCAAUUUGUGAUAUUUUGUAUCAUUUGGACUGAAUUUUUAAAUAAAAAUCCAAAGAAAGGUGUUGUCCAUUCCAAAAUGGACAUCAACUGCUUUGUUCUGAUCCCUCUGCACGUUGAAGGUGCAGCAACACUGAAGGAACCCUUUGCAAUGUAAAUACUUAAGAUUCAUAAUGAAGUUCUCAAGUAUUUCUCUAUUUCGUCACCUUCACCAGCCUAAUGAGCAUAUCGCUCCAAGCUCAAUCGCUGCGCCAUCACUCAACAUAUCUUGUAGCUAGUGGGCCGGAAUGAGUCUUCAGUGAGUUACUGUCAUUGCCUCAGACUAAUUUUACAGAAAUGGUUCUCCACAAAAUGUAAACUUACGGAAAGUUUUUUUUGUUGAAAAUUCAGAAAAGCCUCUGGGAUAUAACAACAUGAUGAUAAGGCUGGCAAAAUCGGGCAGUUAGUAGCUAGCUGAAAGGAUCAAAAGUGGUGAAGAAAGACAACUGUCCUUUCAUUCACUAACCCUUUGGAAGGUCAAAGUACUUAUUUUGAUAUAUGUAUGCAAAAGGAUUCUAUUAGCUGCGGUAUUGAUGUAGCUGUCCUUAUUAGGGGUUCUGGGAAUUGGGUAAUCCUUUUUUCAUAUGAUACUUAUUACUAUCAUUAGAAUGGUGUCUCCUAUGUCGGACACAUGAUUGAUACCUUGAGUAUCAAUGUCUUUUUAUGUGUUCAUACGUGAAGAUCCAUGUACUGUAGUUAUUGAUCAGAUUUGAAGUGAGGUUGGGGGCUAAUUUAUUGUUCAUGUGCCAUCGAGUUGUUAUUGGCACUUUUGCUACCUGAUGAUAGACAGAAUUUCAGAAAAGAUAUAAUUGAUCUCCAUUCUAGGCUACUGUUUGUUUGAUGUAACAUAAUACUACUGCAAACCUUUAUGGUAGGUACUAGGAAGGUACUAGGUAGGAAGGGAAGACUUUUCCAACUAAAUGAAAAAAUUUCCAAAUAUGCCUCUGAAAAUGAGGACAAGAUGCAAAGGUGGCAUUUUCUUUGGGUUGGUAAGGGUACACCAAACAGACAGCCCUUCCACUUGCCCUUAGGCUACCAGACUCUCCUACCUACCUACCUACCUCCGGUGCCCUAAAGUUUUUGGAGUUGUAUGUUACAUCAAACAAACGAUAUGGCGCAACACAACCCAACAUCGCUUUGAUUUCUCAGGGUUGCAGUCAUUGUAGAAUGGAAUGGUGUUUUUCGGUUUCCCCAGGCGGAAUGUAACAGUGCUAAAUAUAGAUAUUGGAGUGACAUUUACUUGUAACCCAACUUUUUUCAAUAGCUCUUCUUAGCCUGCAGUGGCGGUGGGCAGAAAUAGAAUGGAAUUUGUUCACUACAGUAGGUUUUGGAAUAGUGUACAUAGUCGUGAAUUGGUUGUCCCGGUGAUUCAUUAUGUGAGACAAAUCAUUUAUUAUGUAAAACAAAUUAUUCUUUUAUAUUUUUUGCUGAUGUUCAUUGCUUCCCUUUCCUUGAUGAUGUAAUUAGUUCAAGACUAGCAAGGCUGGAUCCUCAUGCAACAUUUAAAGAUAAUAGUAUCUUAGUGAUUAAGUGUGCUUUUUGCCUUGUUUUGAAACCUGCGUCUGUGAAAGCUUUAUAUAGUUGUAUAUUGCUUGAUUGUUUUCAAAUACAGUGUAAAUGUAUUAUAAUAAUCGGUAAUGAUCUGGGAUUUUAUCAAUCUUCACUUGUACAAUUUAAUAAAGGCGUUGGCUCAAGCCAGAUAUAUUUCAUGAGGUUUUAAGAGAAAUCACUUCAGGUAAAUUUUAAAUCUGCAGUGGCUUGUUUCUUCAACGUUUUAGUUCCUAAAUGAUUGAAAUCACUUUUGAAUGUCUUGGUGAGGCUGUGGGCUAGAUCCAUGAAGAUUCGGAAUUGGUUGAAACUACCUUGGUUUGUCAUGGUGAGGCUGUGGGCUAGAUCCAUGAAGAUUCGGAAUUGGUUGAAACUACCUUGGUUAGUCUUGGUUAGGCUGUGGGCUUUAUCCAUGAAGAUUCCAAAGUGGUUGAAACCACCUUGGUUUGUCUUGGUUAGGCUGUGGGCUUUAUCCAUGAAGAUUCCAAAGUGGUUAAAACUACCUUGGUUUGUCUUGGUUAGGCUGUGAGCUCGAUCCAUGAAGAUUCCAAAGUAGUGGAAACCACCUUGGUUUGUCUUGGUUUGGCUGUGGGCUUGAUAUAGCUUCUAGUAUUUAACCAAAACUAAAAGAGCAACGGUCGUCAUAGUUACUGAGGUGAAUUUUAUUGUUUUAUUUGCAGUCAAAACUAAACUUUUCAACGAUGAUGAAGUAAAUAUUGGAUUUGAUUUGACUGGUUUUAGGCUGUGAGAAGUAAGUGGCAGAGUUAUUCUUUUCGAGAUGGGUUGCAUAUUGUGGGGGUAGUUUUUACACCAAGAACCUUUGGUAGAUGUAAAGAGUUACCUUUCUAUUGGAUUUGCUGAAUAGAUGGUUAUUUCAUUAUGACCUUUAAUACUGUUCUCCCUUUCAAAUUAAAGGUGCCUGAGGUCAGAAGUCAUUUAGGUUACUGUUUCAGUGAGUUGUGUACAUUGUAAGAAAUUUGUAAAUUAAAAAAUAAUGUUCAUCAAUGCUAAUAUAUUUCUCCGAUUGAAAAUGUGAUUUUACGACAUUGUACAGUUUAGAUGUGAUAGAUGUUCAUUGAUUGUACAUAAUAUUAGUGAUUUAUUCGAAAUGGAUGAGUAGUUUCACUUCAUAUGAUUCGGAUGAAAUAUGGUUUUAACUAUUUGUUAAUUCAGGCAGUUAUUGUAAUGUUUUAUAGUGGUUAUUUGAACAGCUUUAAAUAUUCAUAAUGGAAUAACUGACACAGGUAUCUUAGCCCCUCUCCAUACUGUCCAUCAUGUUAUAUAAUCCAAUGAUGAUAUAUAUGUCAGUCUGGGAAAUAGAUCCCAGAUAUUUUCGAACAAAAUAUUACUGGUCAAAUGAUCAAAAUGAUGCUUCAUUUGAUUCUCAACAAUCAUGGUUCAAAUGAUGUGUUCAAGCAAUUUACUAUACAAAAAUUAACUUUAAUUUCUACCAUUUGGUUGCGAGACACUAAGUAUCGAACUUCUAUCUUGUUUGUUAAAUGUUUAUUUUAUAUUAUUUGGGCAUUAAAUAGUCCGUUAGUUUAUAUUGUUAAUUAGGAAAUAUACUGGUUUGUACCCCAGUUCUUCAUAUCCUCCUGACUGGCCACAAAGAGUGACAUGUAACUGAGAUUGAAUUGAGUUGAAGGCUUCUACAUCAAAACUGAAACAAAGCUAUAUUUCACAACCUCAUUAUCAUGUGCAUCCAUUCGUCUUUAUCGUGAGCGUCGUAACUAAGCGUGGUUGCCAAAGAUAUGUGUUUCCGUGCCCACUUUCUCUUCACCGCAAUUAUAAUACGUGGUCAAUAUCGGUGCGAGUAUACAGUAAUUCAUAUCAUACAUCGUAGAAUGUCUUCAUGUAGUGCCACCCUCUCCAUGUAGUUUCGUGCUGUACCAUCUCGUAGGCCUUUGGAACAUCUAUUAGCCCAGAUUUGAGGGCUGGUAUGGGCUGUCUCUCCCUUUUAACUGAAGAAUAACUCGUGUUGGCAGAUAUUUCAUGUUCAAUAUCCUUUCCAUUUCAAAUGUUGGGUAGAACUUUUUCUUUCAUUUGGUUAGUUCCAAGGCCAUAUCAGGGUAAUCUUAAUCCUGUUUCAAUUGCUUUAAGAAAUUAAAUCAAUUCAAUAAGUCUUUUAUGCUAAAAUCUACUUGUAAAAUGAAUUGAUAAUUCCUCUUUGAUAUUUUGUCAAUAUUUGUACAUUGCACAUGUAAAUAAAUAGUGAAGUGAA